AUGGAUAAGAAAGCGAUCGAACUUUACUCUCCGAAAUACUAUUAUACGUGCGCAUUUGGUGGUGUCUUAGCAUGUGGUUUAACUCACACCUUUGUAACCCCUCUUGAUCUUGUAAAGUGCCGUAGACAGGUCGAUGCCAAACUUUACAAGGGUAAUUUCGAUGGAUGGUCAAAGAUUUAUCGUGGUGAAGGAAUAAGAGGAUUAUAUACCGGUUGGGGACCCACUUUUAUAGGAUAUUCCUUCCAAGGUGCUGCAAAAUACGGUUUUUAUGAAUUGUUUAAGAAGAAAUAUUCCGACAUUGCUGGCGAAGAAGCUGCUCAUAAAUAUCGUACCAUUAUUUACUUGUCUGCCAGUGCAAGUGCUGAAGUUCUCGCUGAUAUUGCUCUAUGUCCAUGGGAGGCAUUGAAAGUGAGAAUGCAAACAUCUACCGAACCAUUUGCUAAAUCUACAUCUGAAGGUUUCAAUAAAAUUUUGAAACAAGAAGGCUUAAGUGGUUUCUACAAAGGUCUUUCUCCCCUUUGGGCUCGACAGGUCCCUUACACCAUGAUGAAAUUUGCUAGUUUCGAAAAAACCGUCGAAUUUAUCUAUUCCUCUCUCGGAAAACCCAAACAAGAUUAUAAUAAACUUGAACAAUUAGGUGUAUCUUUCCUUGGUGGAUAUAUCGCUGGUGUAUUUUGUGCAAUUGUCAGUCAUCCUGCGGAUACUUUAGUUUCCAAGCUUAAUAAUGUAAAGAAAGCUGAAGGAGAAUCAACAGGAGCACUUUCUCUACGCCUUAUGAAAGAACUUGGGUUUAAAGGAAUUUGGCGAGGGCUUGGUACUCGUGUUUUUAUGAUCGGUACAUUAACUGCUUUACAAUGGCUUAUUUAUGAUUACGUUAAAGUUUCAACUGGGUUACCAACAACUGGCGCAGGGGAGAAAAAAAAAUAG